AUGUGUUAUAUGAACGUUGUUAUUGCAGUAACUCGUUUUGCAUGUGUAGUCUUUCCUUUACAUUUUCGACGAUUAAGUCGUCAAUCAACGUGUUGGUUAAUUUGUGGGGGUGCUGUGGGAGUAGCAACCCUUCAAAGUUGGAUAAUGAAUAGUGCACCUUGGUUUGUUGUGCUUUGGUAUCAAGCAGAUGUUUAUGGAAUGACUUGUGAUUGGGUUGCUUAUGCAGAAAGUGGAACUCGAACAGUUUAUUUAAGCAUAAAUUUGGGAUUUGUAGCUGCUUAUCUACUAAUUUAUAUUUCAACUGCAGCUACUAUCUUUUGCAAAAGAAAUCUUCGUUUCCAAUUUAUGGCAGCUGUUUUUGGUAAAUCUUCAACUAGCGGGAAUGAACGAAUUAAUAUCAGUCAAAGGGUUAGAGAAGUAGUUAUUGUUAAUGGAAUAGAACAAAAAGAAGAAGAACAAUUAGAAAAUUCAUCACCUCAAAAUUCCUCAAAUUCCUCCCCAAAAUUAAAUAAUAACAAUAAAGGCCCAAUCCCUAUCGAAAAAACAACAACAAUAUUUCGAACAAUAAGUAUUGUUAGGAAAAAUAAUAAUGAUGGGGUCGCUAUAUCUACAACAAAAAGUUUUGGAAAAAUAAAUUUUAGCAGUCAAUCGUUGGAAAUAAAGUUGGUACUCCCUUGCUGUAUUAAUUCUUUGAUUUUUGUUGUUGGUAAGUGA